AUGUUCGCCAUCAAACCGGAGCGGACCUUUUACACGCUUGAAGUCACCCUUGAUGUGACCACUCUAGACGCAGUGAAACCAGAUCAACCGGUACCGACCAGUAUACAGUUCUGGGACCGUGCUUCUGACCAGCCUCACUGGAUUCUCACUGGACACGGGCACUCAGUCACGUCAGUUGCCAUCUCGCACGACUCUAGACUGCUGGCGUCGGGAUCCGCCGACUACACCAUUCGGCUUUGGUCUCUAACCACUGGCCAUGUACUGCAGACACUUUAUGGCAAUGGCAAAAUAUGGUCGGCCGCCUUCUCUCACGACUCUAAACUACUAGCCUCAUCCUCCUCUAAUAGCAGGAUUCAACUUUGGAACUUAGCUACAGGCGAGCUUCAGCAUGCUCUUGACGGGCAUGAAAACGGUGUUUACUCAGUCGUCUUCUCGCACGACUCUACACUGCUGGCAUCAGCAGGUUCCGAUCAUACAAUUCGGCUCUGGGAUACAACUGCCGGACAACUCCAUCGGAUUUUACGGGGCCACUCAAGCGUAGGUAUCUCGCUAGCAUUUUCGGGCGACUCCAGACUCCUAGCAGCAGGAUCGAUCAGCGGGCCUGUUUGGCUCUGGGAUCCGACUACCGGCCAGCUACAGCAAACCCUUCGGGGACACUUGGGAAGGGUUCCCUCACUCUGCUUCUUAUACAACUCUACGAUUCUAGCAUCAGCAUCCUGGGAUGGAACUGUUCGGCUUUGGGAUGUGGCUACUGGACAGGAGCGUCAUGCGCUCAAGGAAGAGCCAAGUGUGGUUUGCGCAGCAGCCUUCUCGCAUGACUCCAAACUGCUAGCAUCUGUCUCUUAUGACGGGACAAUCCGUCUCUGGGAUACGACUACUGCCCAGGUGCGACGGACACUGAACCAUCCAGGACGGCGUUGGUCAGCCGUCUUCUCCCCCGACUCUAGGAUUCUAGUAUCGGCGUCUAGCAACAAGACCAUCCGGGUCUGGAAGACUAACGGGUGA